AUGAGGACCUCCUGCUUCCAGGGUCUGCUACUGCUGCUGUGUCUGGUGUCAGCUCUCGGGCAACAUUCUGGACUCUCCUCAGGUGAAGAGGAAGUGUAUGAAGGUUCGUUUGAUGACUUGCCGUCUCCUCAGCCGGAGUACCCCCCUGAACCCACACAUGGGUACGACUUCUAUGGACCCACCCCUACCCAGGUGACCAUGGUCACAGGGAACUCGGUCCCACUGGUCACCACCACCGAGUCACACUAUGCCAAGGAGGACAAGGAGACGAUGCAGUUUUCCUACGAUGGCGAGUCGGGGGGCGACGCCUUGCUGGCAAAAGAGGGCCCCACAGAGUGCGACUGUGAACCCGGGCAGCCAGGAUUUGCUGGUUUUGCUGGACCUAAGGGGUCCAGAGGAGUGCAGGGGAAGACUGGUGAGCCGGGUGCUCAGGGGAGGGAGGGUUACAAAGGAACUAAAGGAGUUCCUGGCAGACGAGGAGACCGAGGUCCAGUGGGAGACCCCGGACCCGAAGGGGACGAAGGAGCUUCAGGUUUCUCUGGUGCUAUGGGAGAAGUUGGUCUGAUGGGAGACCCAGGAGAGCUUGGAGAGCUAGGUCUGAAGGGCGACAUGGGCAUGGAAGGCCCUCGAGGAGGAGUUGGGGGUCCAGGUGACAAAGGUCCUCAAGGCGAAGCUGGACCUGCAGGAGGGAAGGGAGGCAAAGGUGUCAAGGGGUCUGACGGUGAUGAGGGCAAACAGGGUCCUGAAGGUCGAGAAGGUCAGAAGGGUCAGACCGGAGCUCCCGGGUUCCCUGGUGACGUCGGGGCUCGAGGGUCCACCGGUUACCUUGGGCAACCGGGAUCCCAGGGACCCACUGGACCAAAGGGUUCCAGCGGACUCGGAGGUCUGCCAGGCAGUGAUGGAGACCCGGGAGAAGACGGUCCGAUUGGAGUCCCAGGACACAUGGGAGAUCCUGGUCCAAUUGGGCAGAAGGGCAGUAAAGGAGCUCCUGGACCGAGAGGACAGCAAGGACGAGUUGGCGCUGUGGGUGCUGCUGGAGAGCGAGGAGAUGCUGGGGUGCCUGGUAAACUAGGAGUGAAGGGCCUGCAGGGGGCAGUGGGGGCCAAGGGUGAGACGGGACCUGAUGGUACCAAGGGAUCAGCUGGGAAGAAAGGGGUGAAAGGUCAGAAGGGUCAGAAGGGUGCACAUGGAGACCUUGGAGACAAAGGACAGCAUGGGCCGAAGGGAGCCCCAGGUCGCCUUGGUGUCCCAGGCCCUGUGGGUCCACCUGGUAUUCCAGGAUCCAGAGGGGAACGAGGACCAGCUGGGGAUCUGGGCAUCAAAGGUCAAGCAGGACCCAAAGGGGUUGCGGGUGCCUCAGGUCCAGGCCUGACAGACGAGCAGGUCCUGCAGCUGUGCAGGGGCGUGGUCACAGCCCAGAUCUCCCAGUAUGCUGCUUCCAUCCGGGCCAAGUGCUCGCAGGGUUGUCCCAUCAACAACCGCACACUCUUAGGACCCCCAGGAUCUCCAGGAACACUGGGACCACCCGGCAAACCGGGCAAAGCAGGAAAAGCAGGAGCCAAGGGAGCCAGGGGAGCUCAAGGUGAUCGAGGACUGGAGGGUGUGAAAGGAGCGCAGGGAGAGCCAGGUAAGAAAGGACCUAAAGGGGCUGCAGGUGACCCAGGUACUGGCUUGCCAGGACUCGAUGGACCACAAGGUGUCAGAGGUUACCCUGGGGAGCCAGCACAAGCCAAGAGUGGCAUGGAGGGUCCACGAGGUCCACGUGGUUUCCCCGGCCCAGUGGGGAUUCCUGGGACCUUGGGGUUCCCUGGUGUUCCAGGACUUUGUGAGGCACGGGACUGCAGCAUUCACGCACCAGUGCUGCGUAAAGAGCAGGGUCUGGUGAAGCGACCGUCCGGAACCAAGAUGUGAGCCCCACACUGGGAAUCAGGGAGCUGGGAGGGUCGUAGCAGCCAGUGACUCCGUGAAAGCAGAUGUGUAAAUAGCU